AUGGGAAUCUUCUACAACCCAGAGAGAAUGAUCCUAUUUUUUAGAAAAUGGAGAACUGAAAAUGCAGUGGUGAAGGGAUGGUUGAUUAAUUCAAUGGAUCCAAAACUGAUCGGCAACUACAUUAGAUUCCCAACGGCGAAAGCAGUAUGGGAUGCAAUUGCUACAACAUAUUUUGAUGGCGCCGACACCUCGCAAGUUUAUGAUCUCAAGAGGAAGGUGACUAGGCUCAAACAAGGUGGAGGAUCUAUCGAGACAUACUAUAACAAUCUUCAAGGCCUAUGGAGAGAAAUCGAUUUUCGCUGCCCGAAUCCGAUGCAAUGUGAAAUUGAUAUACAGAGGUAUAAUUCUAUUUUACAGGAGGAUAGAGUUUAUACAUUCUUGGAUGGACUAGAUGAUCAUCUUGACAAGAUUAGAGGAGAUGUGCUCCAAAUUCAGCCAUUUCCUACAGUAGAGCAGGCUUAUGCACAUGUUCGCCGGGAAGAUCUAAGGCAAGCAGUGAUGUUGACAAAAGGAGAUACCACACCCAGUGCUGUUAUGCUCUCAAAAGGUGGACAGAAAUCACAGCAGCAACCUUCACUUCAGAUUUUGUCCAAUGGAAAGCUUAACACAUGGACAAAGUCAAAGUCACAAGCAGAGGGAGGGGGUUGCACACACUGCGAGACUCAUGGUCGAGUCGCACUCGUGAACACUAAAUCUCAACUAUCCCUUAUACCACAAGAGGACUCCUUUCCUGCUGUUGCAAACAAAUCCGUGGCUCUUAAUGAUCCAGGCCAAGCUACUAAGGAACUGAAUUGUUGUGCACUAAUGUAUCCGAGUUUCUGUUUGUUCCAGGAUAUUCUCACCAAGGAGAUUAUUGGUCGUGGUACUAAAAGAGGAGGGUUGUACUACAUGAAUGAUUUAAGCUUCGGCCGGGCAAAUAAUGUGCAUCGAACUGGUGACAAAGAACGACAGAUUUGGUUGUGGCAUCGUCGACUAGGGCAUCCAUCGUUUUCUUACUUAAAGCGUUUGUGUCCAAAUGAUUGCACACGUAUGACUUGGCUUUAUGUGAUGAAAAAUAAGAAUGAGGUGUUUGGAAUUUUUCGUUCUUUCCAUAAUAUGAUCAAGACACAAUUUUCUGCUAAACUCCAAAUUCUUCGAUCUGAUAAUGGCGGAGAGUAUGACAAUAAUGAGUUACGAGAAUAUUUCCAAGCACAUGGUCUUUGUCAUGAAACCACUUGUUCUCAAACACCACAACAAAAUGGUGUUGCGGAGCGAAAAAGUAGACAUAUCCUCGAAACAGCCCGAGCCUUUUUAACAGCAGCACAUGCACCCCGACGGUAUUGGGCAGAUGUAGUUGGUACUGCUGUUUACUUGCUGAAUCAAAUGCCAUCUCGAGUCUUAGACUUUGAAACUCCUCUACAAGCUCUUGCUCAUCAUGUGUCAUUGCCUUCUGUCUUGAUGCUUCCGCCACGAAUAUUUGGUUGUCUUGCUUAUGUUCAUCUUCAUAAAAACCAGCGAACAAAGCUUGAUGUAUGUGCUGUUCAUUGUGUUUUUCUGGGGUACGCAACACAUAAGAAAGGCUAUAGGUGCUAUGAUCCCACUACCAAAUGUCUUUAUACCAUGAUGGAUGUCACUUUUCUCGAAUCUGAAACUUUCUUUUCAAAACAAGGUUCCCAUUCUUCUCUUCAGGGGGAACUAUUAUGUGAAGAACAGAAUGUGGACAAUUGGGAGAACUGGCCAGGCUUUGAAGAUACAAACUUGGAGGUAAAUCAAAUUGAUGAAAUUCAAUUAAGGUAUGAUGACACUGAUCUGGUUGGAACUCUCUCAUUCCCAGAGGCUUCUAUAGAACAAGGAGAAGAAAAUGAUGAUGCCAAGGCUAGGAGUGAACAAAAGCAAACCACUGAGCAAGAGCAACCCACUCCUCAUUCUUUAGUACCAAACGAUCACUCUCCUGAGAAUACUCCUGAGGUACAAUCUCUAAACUCUUCUCCUAGUAAUACUAUAGAUGAUUUUGUUGGCUACAAAUUACCUUUCAGAUACAACCGUGGUAAGCCACCAAAUAGAUACUCACCAGACCAUGGAGAAAAGAAGAAGAAGUAUCCAAUUGCCAACCAUAUUUGCACCUAG